AUGCUAGCAGAUUUUAUCCUGGUGCUCAGCACCCUUGGGGUCACCCACUCAGCCGCUGCAGGAUUCAGGUCCAUAGCCGAAGAAGAAGAUGCGCUGCUCAGACACUUAUUCCAAGGUUACCAGAAAUGGGUUCGCCCCGUCUUACACUCCAACGACACCAUAAAAGUCUACUUUGGAUUGAAAAUCUCUCAGCUCGUGGAUGUGGAUGAAAAGAAUCAGCUGAUGACAACAAACGUGUGGCUCAAACAGGAAUGGACAGACCACAAGUUACGCUGGAAUCCGGAUGAAUUCGGUGGGAUUCAUUCGAUUAAAGUUCCGUCAGAAUCUCUCUGGCUUCCUGACAUAGUUCUCUUUGAAAAUGCGGACGGCCGGUUCCAAGGCUCGCUCAUGACCAAGGCUGUCGUCAAAUCGGACGGCUCCGUGGUGUGGACGCCUCCCGCCAGCUACAAGAGCUCCUGCACCAUGGACGUCACCUUCUUCCCGUUCGACCGGCAGAACUGCUCCAUGAAGUUCGGAUCCUGGACUUACGACGGGACCAUGGUGGACCUCGUCCUCACAGACGAGAACGUGGACCGGAAGGACUUCUUCGACAACGGGGAGUGGGAGAUCCUGCACGCCAAGGGCACGGCCGGGGGCCGGAGGGACGGCGCCUACUGGUACCCGUUCAUCAGCUACUCCUUCGUGCUGCGCCGCCUGCCCUUGUUCUACACGCUCUUCCUCAUCAUCCCCUGCCUGGGGCUGUCCUUCCUGACCGUGCUGGUCUUUUACUUGCCUUCCGACGAGGGCGAGAAGCUCUCCUUAUCCACCUCUGUGCUGGUGUCCCUGACGGUCUUCCUCCUGGUGAUUGAGGAGAUCAUCCCGUCUUCCUCCAAGGUCAUCCCGCUCAUCGGGGAGUACCUCUUGUUCAUCAUGGUCUUCGUCACCCUGUCCAUCAUCGUCACCGUGUUUGUCAUCAACGUCCACCACAGAUCUUCCGCAACCUACCACCCCAUGGCCCCCUGGGUUAAGCGGCUCUUUCUGCAAACCCUUCCUAAGUUACUCUGCAUGAAGGACCACGUGGAUCGCUACGCUCUCCCAGGUAAAGAGGAGAGGAAACCCGCCGUGAGAGGUCAAGUCUUCGAAAGAAAAAAACAAAAGCAGAUGAGUGAUGGAGAAAAAGUGCUGGUUGCUUUCCUGGAAAAGGCGGCGGAUUCCGUCAGAUACAUUUCCAGCCACGUGAAGAAGGAGCAUUUCAUCAGCCAGGUGGUGCAAGACUGGAAGUUCGCAGCUCAAGUUCUCGACCGGAUCUUCCUGUGGCUCUUUCUGAUCGCCUCGGUCACCGGCUCGGUCCUGAUUUUCACCCCUGCUUUGAAGAUGUGGCUACACAGUUACCAUUAG